UGAAUUAAGUUAACAUACAAUGAAGGAUGCUUAAUUAAUCAUAAAAUCAUAGUUAAGAUGUUUUAAAAGCAUAAAGCAUAAUAAAAUUAAACAAUAAAUUAAUCUUAACUUUUAUUCAACCUUGAACCAAUUGUAGAAACUAAUAUGUGUGUACAUGCAAUCGUAACCUAGUUUCGCCUUUUCAUAUACACUAAGAAAGAUAAAUGAAACAGAUAAAAUGCACUGGAUCUAAUUAACGGAUUGUUUCACUACAUGCUUUAAUUAAAAAAUGGCUAACGAUUAUAUAAUCAACAAAUGGAAACUUUGGUUCCGAUCUAUUGAUAUAAAGCGUAAGGGAACGAUCUCUAGAGCCGACGUCAAACAAGAAGAGGACACCUUGGCUACAUUGAGUCAUUUAGAUGAUGACAGGCGUAAGCAAUUGCAAGUUAACCUUGACAAAAUAUGGGACGAUAUAGUGUUCAGAGGUAAAGAACCGAUCAACGAGCAAACUUUUGUUGCAAUGAACAUCCAGGAUUACACGACAAACAAACAAAAAUUUGUUGAGGAAGUGAGAAAAGCGUAUACUGCGUUCUUUAAUCUUGUCGAUGUCAGUGGAGAAGGUUCUGUUUCCGAGGAGGAGUUCGUAAACAUGAUGAAGGCAUGUAGUCACAACAACAAUGCUUUAAAUAAAAAAUUCUUCGAGGAUUACAACCCUGUUGAUGGCAAGAUUGCAUGUAGUGUCCUCGUUGAUUCCUGGGUACAAUUCACGUCAUGUGAUGAUAGUUCGAAGACAGACCUUAUCAAAGAAGCUAUUGAAGGUGGUAUUUAGGAUGUAAAUCUUCCAUUCAAUAAAACAUCUACAUAUC